CUUGAGUAAAAGGUCUAUGACGGCCAGCAUCAGCCUUUUGCGCAUUCAUCCCCGAGUAUCCUUAACGAUUUUAAUCUAUACAGAUUUAUUUCUGUGAGCCUCUCUUUAUUGCUGCGCAUGGUGGUGCUUUCACAACUUCUCGGUGCGCCCUAGUCUGACUACAGCUCGCCGCAAUCGGCUUUCUCCAUAAUGGCGGACAACUAUCAAGUACUCGAGGAGCUCGAUGGUAGUUUCGGCGUCGUUUACAAAGCAAUCGAGAAGUCUACCGGCGAGCUGGUAGCAAUCAAACACAUUGACUUGGAAGGGAGCGGUGAUGACCUUGCUGAGAUCCAACAAGAGAUCUCUGUGCUGAGCACAUGCAAAAGUCCAUACGUUACCCAGUACAAGGCGAGCUUUGUAAAAGGAGUGAAGCUAUGGAUUGUGAUGGAAUACCUGGGAGGAGGCUCCUGCCUGGAUCUCCUGAAACCCGGCUCCUUUUCUGAAGCACAUAUCGCCAUCAUCUGCCGCGAACUCCUAUUAGGCCUCGACUACCUCCACCAUACUGGCAAGAUCCAUAGGGAUAUAAAAGCAGCCAACACCCUGCUGUCACAGGAUGGGAGAGUCAAGAUUGCUGAUUUCGGAGUUGCUGCGCAGCUUACCAACAUCAAGUCUCAACGCAUGACGUUUGUAGGUACGCCGUUCUGGAUGGCACCAGAGGUUAUUCAGGAAAAUGGCUACGACUUCAAGGCAGACAUAUGGUCGCUCGGUAUAACAGCAAUGGAAAUGGCAAACGGAGCACCGCCGAAUGCUGAGACCCACCCCAUGAAGGUACUAUUCUUAAUACCCAAGGCACCAGCACCACGGUUGGAGGGAAGUAAGUGGAGCAAGGAUUUCAAAGAUUUCAUCGCAUCAUGCCUGAUCAAAGACCCCGACCGGCGAGCAACAGCAAAGGAGUUGCUACGACACCGCUUCAUUCAGCGCGCUGGACGCACAGAAACAUUACGAGAGCUCAUCCUACGCAAGGAGCAAUUCGACACGUCCGAGGACGAACAUGAGACUCAUCGACGAUACUACGAAGAGACAAUGCAAAACAUAUCACCCCGGGAAGACCAAGACGAGUGGGUGUUUGACACACUCAAACCAUCCACUGUCAAGAUGCCUGUCAAUAAACACACCACAAAACGCCGGAAACUCGCACGCAUUCCAUCUGGAGGAAAUGACAUUUCCGAAGCACUGUUGGAACGGCUCAACAUCAACGAGACGCCACUAGGAACUUUGUCCGCGUCCCCCGCAGUCCGCAAAGUCCGCAAAGUGUCGACCGCCUCCCGCCGUUCGUCAUUUGCAACCGCCAUACGGCAACCGUCAGGCUCGACGCCAACAGCACGUCGCGUGAGUGACAACAGGAGAGCCAGUGGCCAGAAGCAACCCCUGGGGCUGGACAUGUCCUUUGGCAACAGUCCAUCCACAGUCCGGCAAUUUCGCCGAGUCUCAGGAGAGAAGGAACAUGGUCAGCCCGGGCCUCUGUCUCGAUCGAACAGCGUCAUACAUGUCGGUGACGGAAAUACCCCGAUCCACGAAGACGCAGGAGUCCAAGACGAGAAUGCACCUCUAAUGCCGGUUGAUGCGCACCCCCCACCGGCAACUAAAGAAGCUCUCCUCGGGCGCCGCGCAUUCUCCAAGAUAAUCGAUCCUGCAUUGCAGGAGACAUACGCACAGACAGGAAGCCAAACGAAACGAGAAGCUCUGAGCAAAGUGGCCAAUGCAUGGAGUGCCUUGGACCGCGUCGACCCCGAAGGAGAAUAUCUCCUUCUGAAAAUGAUGCUCGAGCGCGUCUCUGGCGACGCCCGCCUAGCCACCGCCCUCGGCAUCCAAUUCACCCACCAGUCCCCCGUGAAGAACACCCCAGCACCCGCCGUCCGCGAGGUCAGCAGCAUACCCCCAAGCACGCCCAGCCGCCGCGACAGCGGCGCCCCAGACACACCCACCAAAACCAAGCUCGUCCUCGCGCAAAACAACCCUCAUCUCAAGAGCCACCAUCGCCGCCGCCAGAGCGCGUUUGUCGGCGGGGCUGUCGAUCGUGAUCUUGCGGCUGCUGCGCACUACGCCGGCUUCGACGAGAAGAAGCUGCCCGGGCAUGUCCAGCCGGGGAUGGAGCAUGCUGGGCUGUUGGCGGAUGUGCUGUAUGGGCGGUGGAUGGAGGGGCUGAAGUCGAGGUGGCCGUUGUCGUGAGGAUAGGUCCUUUGAAAGCAUGAAAAAAGUUGUUUUUGGGGGUCUUUUGAAGAGGCCUUGCAUUUUUUAGGGGCUUGCUUUGCUUUGCUUGCUUCCUUGUUCGCUCUUAUACACCACACACGCACACCAUCACCCCCCGUCGCCUGAAACUCCACUCCACUCC